ACGACCUGCGAAGCGGUCCAGCCUCCUCUCCUACAGCAACUACGGCCUCCUUCGACUCAGAAAGAAAAGAAAAGAAGUCAAGAAAUCCAAAUUUCACCUGACAACUUUGCACACUCUGCUCUCCUCCCGUGGCUUACACUUUCGUCGAAACUCUGAAGCACCAGUGAGACUCUGUGAUUGUUGCUUUCAGGCUAAAAAAAAAAAAAAAAAAAAGUUUUGCAUGUUUUAAACCCCGCUGUUUUGUCGCGUCUUUGUGUGCUUUUCGACUGAGUCUGGACCCACGUACCUGCAGCUUGUAGACGGACGACGGUAGCGGUGUUUUCGGUGUGUUUUCUCCUCUCCUGGCCGCCGCCGCUGCUGCUGUGAAUGAAGUGUCUGUUGAGCCGAAGAAAUCAGCGCGUCUCCAAUGAGGAAACUCGGCCGUGGACUCUCUGAGACUUUGUCCUAGCCUUCACACUCACCUGAGCAACUCUAUUUACUUUUUAAAUAUUUUUUUGUUUUUACCGUUUGCGCUGUUAGUCUUUUUUGGGGAGGUGUUUUUGCUUUUAUAAUUUCCUCUUUUAUCUGGUCCAAAAUGAAGAGUUUUUUGGUGCUGUGUGUCGUUUGCACGGCGGUUGUGUUGUCUGUGUCGGGGACCGCGGAGCAAAAGUUGAAAAACUGUAACGAAGUUCGUGCUGCUUACAGCUCCAAAGGCUUCAACGUUAACGACGUCCCCAACAAAGGAGUCAACGGAGCUCCCCUGAAAGUGUGUCCGCAGGGUUUCUCCUGCUGCACCGUGGAGAUGGAGGACAAGCUAAGCCAGCAGAGCUACACGGAGAUCAAAGCUCCCGUCUCCAGGCUUAGCACCAACCUACAAUCCACCUUCAAACAGAAGCACGACCACUUUGACAAGUUUUUCCGUGAGCUUUUGAAAAACGCAGAGAAGUCGCUGGACAGCAUGUUUUUUAAAACGUAUGGGAUGAUGUACGUCCAGAAUGCCGAACUUUUCAAGAACUUCUUCCAGUCCCUUACCCGGUACUACGUGUCCGGCAGUGCUGCCAUCAACCUGGACUCUAUGCUGUCAGACUUCUGGGCUGACCUUCUGGAGAGGAUGUUCCGGCUGGUCAAUGUGCAGUAUGACUUCAGUGACAGCUACAUGGAGUGCGUCAGCCGGCACACAGAGGAGCUGCAGCCCUUCGGCGACGUGCCCCGCAAGCUCCGCAUCCACUUAACGAGGUCCUUUAUCGCCGCACGCACCUUUGUGCACGGUCUGGCACUCAUGCCUGAGGUGGUCAAUAAAGUUUCUACAGUCAGCGCCUCUCCCAGCUGUGUGCGAGCAGCCAUGAAGAUGUUGUACUGUCCCUACUGCUCGGGCCAAGUAGCCCUGAAACCCUGCCAGAAUUACUGUCUGAAUGUGAUGCGUGGCUGUUUGGCUAACCAGGCAGACUUGGACUCAGAGUGGAACAACUUCCUCGACGCCAUGUCUAAUCUAGCUGAGAGGCUCGAAGGUCCCUUUAAUUUCGAGUCUGUCAUGGACCCCAUUGAUGUGAAGAUUUCAGAGGCCAUCAUGAAUAUGCAGGAGAACAGCAUGCAGGUAUCGCAGAAGGUUUUCCAAGGAUGUGGGAUGCCUAAAACAAGCACGACCUUCCGUUCCAAACGCUCUGUUAAAGAGUCCACCUUCACCAGCCGUUUCCGCCCUUACAGUCCUGAAGCAAGACCCACCACUGCUGCUGGGACCAGUUUAGAUCGCCUGACAAACGAAGUGAAAAAGAAAUUGAAACAUGCAAAAAAGUUCUGGUCCACAUUGCCCGAGACUGUGUGUGUAGUUGAGGGGAUCGCAGCUGGAGACGAGUGCUGGAAUGGUACAGCAAAAAGCAGGUAUGAAUCAGUUGUCACUGGCAGUGGGCUGGCCAAUCAGAUAUCAAACCCAGAUGUGGACGUGGACAUAACGAAACCAGACAUUGUGAUCCGCAGUCAAAUUGCGGUUUUGAAGGAAAUGACGAGGCGGCUCAAAGCAGCACACAGUGGCAUUGACGUGACCGUAGAAAACGAUGAUGAUGGCAGUGGAGGUGAGAGCGGCAGCGGUUGCGACACUCUUCCCUGCGACACAGACAUGUACUUCUCUACACCGAAGUCUGCUGGAACAGAGCAGGGUGGACCAGAGCAGGGUAGAACACCGCGGGUUCAUCAAGUGCAAAGCAAUAACUCAGCCGGGGGCACCUCACGGGGAGGCAUGGCGCUGGCGCUCUGCGGGCUCGCCCUGGCCCUGUUAGCUCCCCACUUGAGAUAAAACUGGCUGGGCAGGGAGAGGGAAGAGAACGACCAGGAACAACAGCGCAAAGGGGAAAACUGUCAGAGAGACUCUAAAAAAGACUGCCUUCAGGACCUUGGACUGUCCACCAUUGGGGUGGGGGGGAAGAAACUUCUUAAUAUUACAAUAACCUCACUAUUAACUAUUUGUUUGUAUGUUGUUAAGGACAUCAGUGUACAGCAAUAUGAUUUUCUUCCCAAGAGAUUCAACUUUGACCCCCAGAUAAACCUGUACUCAUUGGCUCUUUAGGAGCUACUUUUUGGUUGUGCUUGCAGCUUUUCAAACAUUAUGAUUGUCUUACUUUGGCAGUUUAAUCUCAUGAUGAACUCUGUGCCUUCUUCAGUGAUUGCCAUCCUAAAUCUAAGCAUUAAGAAAGAUACUGGGUUAAGCACUGAGUGCCUGUGUUGGGACACAUCUUCAUAUUUCUGAGGCUGUUCUUUCUAUCAGUCAGAAAACAUGACUAAUAGAAACAGAGCUUAUGUAAUGCUGUCUUGUUACCAAUUCAUAACUAUUUUUGCACAUUAUGAAAGUGCAUACUGUGAAUAUUUGUGCCUGUGUGCAUUUAUACUUUUAGAAACAUGAGAAAUUCUGAAACAGUCUGAGACCUUUUUUUGUGUGUGUGUGUGUGUGUGUGUGUGUGUAUGUGUGUUCAAUUUGCUUUGAAUGCAGCGUGUCUCAGAAAUACAGUGAAAGAGGUUACAGCACAGGUGCUCAUGUUUGACCUGGAGAUGGCAUCAUUCUGUAGAAGAGUCCGCGGGGCGCUCUGCAAGCCCAAACAUGCAUAACGUACGUCUGCUGCGAGCUUUAUCACAACCUAACUUUUUAAAUUUCCUCAUUAUUGUUUAAUUGAAUUUCUUUCAGCUUAAGCAGUUCAAUAGUAAGGUCAUACCUCAUGCUUACUGUGUCAAUGCAAUCUAGAAACAAUGACGAAGAGGUUGAAAGUGUCUGAUGGAGUUAGAUACGUGGUCGACGUCCCCUCCCAUAACCCCUAAAGAAGGCAAAGCUGACAAGUCCCAAAUGCCCUUUUUUGGUAUUGUAAGCUCAGUUCGGCACCGGAGAUCUGACUCUACAGUCUUAUUGUUUGGAAAGAAAAGGGGGUGACGUGCACGUUUGGAGCGUUUUUAAAUUAAGCAAGUCAAGAGGAACAAAAGACAGUGUUUUAAUCAAAUGGAAAUCUAGAAAAGAUUAUUUUAAUACAGGGUUUUAUGUUGAGGAGGUGUUGAGAUUUUUAGCUAUUUUUGGUAUGAAGAUAUAUAUUAGGUACUACAGUGGAUUUUACUGCUAGUUGUAGGUGAUGGAAGAGGUCAGUGUGCACAGGUAAAGGGGGUGCUGAUGGUCAGUGUGCACAGUUUUUUGGGAUUUUUACUUUUGUUGUUUUGUUUUGUUUGGCCCACAUCCCCCCUCCCACAGUCCACACUUGUACCUCGAAAAAUGGCCUGUGUCAGUAUACAUGGACUCAUUGUGAACUUUUCUCAUUUCAACUCAAGGUGGAACAUUCAGUGUUGUCACGAUUACUACCAAAAUUAAUGCAAUGAAAGGUGCCUGUUUUUGUUUUGUUUUUUUGUUAUUUUUUUUAAUGUUUGGUACAUUAGCAUCUUCUUAAGGUUUAAAACAAAAGAGAAUGUAGAUGUUGAUGAUUUAUGAUCUAUCUGCUCAGAUUCCCUGAAAGGUGUUUGAGUAUAUUACCUGCUGACAAGCACAAUGUACGUUUUCUCCUUAGAGCUUUUAAUUUGAUAAUCGGCUCCAUAAGUUGCAUUACCUAUCCAUUUCAUCUCUACAGUGGUGCCACCUCAUGCAGUGUUGGUACACUAAUAUAUUCCAUGUAUUUUAAAGUGAUUUCAAACAUGCUUUUAGAAAUGACAGAUUAUUCAAAAUGCAACAUCUAGAAUGUUUCAAUGUGCAGAUUUAGAUUUUUUUUUUUUAAAUUCUCAAAGUAAUUUAUUAAUUUGGACAGAUUUGUAAAAGCUGAACUAACAGAUUUGCCGCUUUCUCGUGAGACUGCAUGGAUGAAACAUUAGGUGUAGUUAUUCUUUUGCUUCUUGUCCGGCUUGGAAAUUGACAGGUUGAUUGUAAAACUUACACGACAUCUUCAGGUUAUCAAGUUACGUUCGCAAUCAUCAGAUGAGGACGUCAUAUCAAGAAUCUGACUUUGAAGGAUUUGAUGAAACAUCUAUGCAACCCGUAUUAAAUACUGAAGCCUUAAUUUAAAAAUCACAAAGCUGUGCUUGAGCAGCUCGAUUUGGCAUUACUUCUGCAGGUGACCAGUUGAAUUCUACUUUUUUUGUUUUGUUUUUUUUUUCUCCCUUGUGUUCCAUCAACAUUGCUACAAGGGCACGUGUUUGUGUCAUGUGGAAGAGUCGUGUUGAGUGCGAAGAAGCCCGACUUUUGGAGAGACAGAAGAAAUGUUUUAGGCUGACGAUGGCAAAAAAUGUCUGUGCUUGCAGGCCAGGGCAGCAACAUUUUCCAGCUGGCGGGAGUUGGUCCAGCUGCUGGAAGAUGUUCAUUCAAUCCACAAAGCGACUUCAGUCUCGUGUCUUUUAAAGUUGGACUGGUGUUGAAACCUUUCCAGAUGCCUUUGGCCCUCAAGAACAGAAAGGACUCACUCUCUGAGGAGCGAGUGAGUGAGUGACUGAAAAGAGUGGGGAAAAAAAAUGUAAAUAAAAAGCAGCGGUUUUAGAUGUCUCUGAAAGAGACAUCUAAAACAGAUUUUUACUUGUCAGAGUAUCUCCUAAAUGUUAUGGAAAAACAAGAUGAGAUAGAUGUUAAAGUGUAAGAGAAAAUGUAUAUUAAACAACAUUUUUAGUCUUGCUGAAAUAAAGACUGCCAAUAUUUA